CUACUACAAGAUACACAUAUGCUUGUUAAUACACACACACAAGUUACAUAUAAGAUACAUAAAUACAAGCAGGAGUCCACCAGUUUUAAACCUUAUUUCCACCCACCGCCUCCCCUCCUCCUCCUCCUCCUCCUCCUCCUCGCACUGGAGUCUUGUUAGUUAGCCUUUCUUUUCCUAGCUUGCUUCUAAUAUCUCGUUACAUGCGUAUCUAUUAUCCACCCCUUUCUCGUUUACUUUUUCAAAUCUGGGGUUAAUCUUUUCUCUUACUUAUUAUCAUCAUAUAUCUAUCUUCCCUUGCCCAUGUUGUAGUUGUAUAUUCUUAUCCCACCUUCUCACUCCAAAGCCAAUCCCAUUCUCUCUCUCUCUCUCUCUCUCUAUUGGCCCUUUUUUCUUUCUUUAACGUUCCUCUGCUUUCUAUCUCGCAUCUCUCCCUUUUCUCUGCUGCAAGCAGGGGAGAAGAGAGAUGGCAGACUGCAACAACAGCGAAAACUUCUAUGGCUCUCAAGACAUUGAGGCAGCAUCCACGACCAAGAAGUAUGGGGGGCUGGCUCCCAAAAAGAAACCCUUGAUUUCAAAGGACCAUGAACGCGCCUUCUUUGAUUCAGCAGACUGGGCAUUAUGCAAGCAAGGAGCUGGAGUGAAUCAAAAGUCAAAAGUGGCGAUAGAAACUUUGCGCCCGAAACUACAGGUAAUAAUAUCUUACCCCCCAUUCUUCUUGCCUGCGGUUUUUUUUUUUGUGUGGCAGGGAGAAUUGUAUCCCCCAAUCUCCUUCCUCAAGAGGUGGAAAAAAAAGCAUAGCUGUAAGGGGAAAAAAACAAAGAGAAUGUUGUUUAUACGGGAUGCUUCCGUGAUUAAAACUUGAAAUAUUUUAAAAGUUUCAUGUUCAAAUUUCAAACUCUACUAUAGAACUUGAUAUGUGCCAGUUUUUAUACAUGCGAUUUCCAGUAAAAAUAACCAAUUUGUAGAUAAAAGAUCUAAAUAAUGACACAUAAUUGAUGUCGACUCGUAGAAUUUCCUAACCAGGAUCCUUUAAAAUAAGAACUUAUCGUUAGAUGAUUGAACUUGGAUUUACAAA